CUCAGAGAGGUCUCCAGUCACAAAUCGAUUACUCUGUUUCUUGUCACCCCGAUCUCAAUUCACUCUCUCUCUCUAAACUCCCCCCCCCCCCCCCCAAGAUCAUGGAGAAGGAACAGAAGGAUUCCAGCGAGCAAGAAAACCAGGGUGCCGUAGAUGAGAACGAAGACGCAGAACCAGUAGAGCUUGUUCUCUUUCAAGUCCCUGAAUGUUACGUUUACUUGAUACCUCCAAGGAAAAGUGCAGCUUCCUACAGGGCUGAUGAAUGGGAUGUUAAUAAGUGGGCAUGGGAGGGUACAUUGAAAGUUAUUAGCAAGGGAGAAGAAUGCAUUAUUAAACUUGAAGAUAAGACAACAGGUGAACUGUAUGCUCGGGCAUUUUUGAGAGAUGGAGAGCCGCAUCCAGUAGAGCCUGUAAUCGAUAGCAGCAGAUACUUUGUUCUUCGCGUAGAAGAGAAUAUUGAUGGUCGCCUUCGGCAUGCUUUCAUCGGUAUUGGAUUUCGAGAAAGACCUCAAGCUUACGACUUCCAAGCUGCUCUUCAUGACCAUAUGAAGUACUUGGACAAAAAGAAAACUGCUGAAGAGAUGGAACAGCACUACGAGAAAACUUCCUCAGUUGAUUAUAGUUUAAAAGAUGGGGAGACCCUUGUCCUCAAUUUAAAAAAUAAAGGUGGUGGCACUGUGAGGUCCAAAUUUUUUGAGCAGAGUUCGAAUAAUCUACCACCGGAGGAAAAGGGUAGUCCGAAAGAGCCUGCGUUAUGCAUCAAACCUCCACCACCUCCACCAGCACCACUCUCUCCUGUUACUGGUGAGAAGUCUCCCUCACACUCGCCUUCAAAUCUUAGUCUUGAAGGAACUUCUGAAGUCAAAGUCUCGGGCUCAGCAACCGAACAAUCUAAAGAACCACAUCCUGAAAAGCAAACCGCACAAGAUAUACCAGAUGACGACUUCGGGGAUUUUCAAACAGCUGGGUAGUAUUGUUUCUGGAACUGAUGUGUUUAUACUUGAAUUGAUGGCUUGGUGUAUAUGAUUAUAUAUAUCACUUCAAAAUCUAAUAUUACACCUUGGAGAGUUACUUUUGAGAUUGAACAGUUCUCAGUGGAUAUUUUUUGAUUGCCGCCAUUUAGAAAAUUUGAUGUUUAUCAAUAUUUACGGGAGUAUAGCUGCAUAAACUGUCUGGAUCGAUAUCAUGUCCUGGCUGGAUUGGUUUAUAUUAUGGAUUUCAUUUUUCAUUA